AUGACCAACAAAAUGUUGACAAUGACACAUUCUGGGAGACUUGCAACCAUCAGAACUGAUGAAAACAUCACAAAUGUGCAUGCAGCUGUUUGGAAAUCACUGUGUCUUCUAUCAUUCAUAAAGGGCAGCCCUCUGUCAUCCCUGUCUUUGUCCUCUAGAACAUGCUUCACAAACACCAUGAGUGCAGGCCCACUCACUGUGGAGAUCAUCUGUACCUUCAUUCUAGCUGUGCUGCUAAUUCAUCGCUAUGGUGACUGGAGGAAACAACAUGUCCUUGUUACUUUGGCAACAUUUGUUGCCUGGUAUUUCUCUUUGAUGAUCAUUUUUAUUUUACCUCUUGAUGUUUCUUCAACAUUUUAUCGCCAGUGUUUACAAGAUAGACAAAAAGUAAUUAUCACCACAACAAUUGCCUACCAGAAUGUCUCCAGGACCACAGUGGACAAUGUGUCAUCAUCAUCAUCUACAUCACCGUCAUCAUUUCUCCCUUCAUCAGCUAGUGAACAACAGCCAAGUACAGAUAAAAAAUUUAGUGUGGAAACACCUGCUCCAAUUCCUGACUGUGAACCUCCCUUCAGUCAUGUUCCUGACUAUGUGCUCCCUGCCCUUUGGCAUGUUGUCUACUGGACAUCACAAGCUCUCACCUGGUUAAUACUCCCAUUAAUGCAGUCUUAUUCAAAUGCUGGUGACUUCAGUGUUGCUGGAAAGUGUAAAUCUGCUCUGAUAGAAAAUGCUAUUUAUUAUGGCACCUACCUACUUAUCUUCGGGGUGUGUCUCAUUUAUGUAGCUGCCCGACCUGAUUUGCAUAUAGAUGCAGAUAAAAUAAAGAUAAUUGGUGUAACUGCUAGUAACACAUGGGGGCUGUUCCUCCUUGUUUUGUUGCUCGGUUAUGGUCUGGUAGAAGUUCCACGUACUGUGUGGAACAGCUCCAAGAGAGCCAAACUUAGCACUGAGAAGUCGGAAGCUGAGGAGGCCCUGGAAGAUGUGUUGGAGGAAAUUAAGCGUGCCUCUGAAUCCAUUCGUUACAACCACCCACUACGGAGAAAUAUAGACACCAUCUUACAGAAGUGUCCCGAGAAUUUCCGUCGGUCAGUCCGUCCGAAUGUUGACGAUUAUGAAGAUUAUGACUCCCCAAUGGACACCCCUACAGAACGCACCUUGGUGCGCCUUCACAAGAGAGUGAUCCGUGCCUCCCAAAUCUACCAGCGCACUCACUGCCAGUGGAACAUGCUCAUGGAGAAGGUGUUUGCACUGGAGGAGGUUGCUGAUAAUGAAUCCAACCCAGACCGUGAAUUCAAACACUACUCUUCAACUGAUAGUGUUAGAGUUCUUCUGAGCAAGGUUUAUACCCCAACUGUGGAAUGGUAUUGGAAAUGUUUAUUCCGCCCCUGGGUAAUGAAGGGUCUGGCUGUUGUACUAGUUGUCAUGUCAUUUAUGGUAGUAUGGUCUGAGUGCCUCUUCUUUGUUAAGAAGCCUGUCCUCUCUUUAUUUGCUGUAUUCAUCAACAUUGCCAAAUUGAACUAUGAUUAUGUUUAUAUUGAGAUGGCUUCUAUUUUGACAAUUGGAUUUCUCUGUUUCUGUGCCUACUACACAGUAUUUCAGAUUCGUAUCUUAAACUAUUAUUAUAUUGCUCCACAUCACCAAACAAAUGAGUACAGUUUGAUCUUCACUGGCAUGAUGCUUUGCCGUUUGACUCCUCCUAUGUGUCUAAAUUUUUUAGGACUCAUUCAUUUGGAUAGCCAUAUUAUCCAUGAGAGCAAUUUGCAGGAAACUGCUUACACAACUAUCAUGGGACACAUGGAUGUUAUCUCUAUAGUAUCUGAUGGGUUCAAUAUCUACUUCCCAAUUGCAAUAGUGUUGCUAUGUAUCUGCACUUACUUCAGCCUGGGAAGUCGCAUCCUGCAUUUUCUUGGAUUCCAACAGUUUGUUGGGGAUGAUGAUAUGACACAGGAGCUCAUUGAUGAAGGAAAAGAACUCAUCAGAAGAGAGAAACGGCGACGUGAAAGAAAAGCAGAUGGAGAAGCACGAAGAAAAAUGUGGAAUGAACAAUUUGGAAAUGGGAAAUCUACAGCCACAGAUAGUCCACGGCGAGGAAAAGUUCCCCGAAGUCCUGAUGAAAAUGAUCGUACAGAAUUGUUACGCCAAGCUGAACCGGUGGACUACAUGGGCGAUACAACCACAGACUCACUAGAUGAUUACAUGAAUAUGGGGCUCAGUGCUGCCACUGGUUACCAGUCACAGCAUGUGUCACAAGCCCCUUCUAGAUACAGCUCAGUUGGCAGGAUGGGUCACAAGCCACCAAAAGGAAUCUUUGAUGAUGUAUAA